AGAGGCUCUAGCCGUUUUCGCGGCAUCAGGUCUACGGUCUACCCGCGCGCUCCCUAAAAAAAGGUCUACCCGCGCGCAGCUGCGACUGAGAUUUCACUCAUCAAAAAAGAAAAAGAAGAACUGCGACCGAGAUGGCGGCGGCGGCGGCCAUGGCGACAGCGGCGGCAGCGCCGGAGUGGGCCACCAAAGAGCCUUGCCUCAUGGGCAUCGACGAGGCUGGACGCGGCCCUGUUCUUGGUCCCAUGGUGUAUGGCUGCAUGUACUGCGCGCGUUCCUACCAUGACACUCUUGCCACUCUCAGUUUUGCAGAUUCGAAGACCUUGAAGGAGGAGCAAAGGGAGGAGCUGUUUGAAAGUCUCAAGAUGAAUAGCUCCAUUGGGUGGGAGGUUGAUGUCAUAUGCUCAAAAGUGUUAUCUGCCAAAAUGUUAAAAAGGACAAAAGUUAAUCUGAAUGAAAUAUCCCACAACUCUGCAAUAGGCCUUGUUAGAAAAGCUAUUGAUAAUGGAGUUUUACUGACAGAGGUCUAUAUCGACACAGUUGGAGAUCCUGAGAAGUACAGGGUCAAACUUACGGAAAAGUUUCCAGGCAUCAAAUUUGUGGUUGCCAAGAAAGCUGAUAGUCUCUACCCUGUUGUUAGUGGAGCAAGUAUAGUUGCAAAGGUCACUAGGGAUAGAGCCUUACGAAACUGGGUAUUUGAUGAAACAGCUCAGAAUAUGCAUAUGAACACUGGAUCAGGUUAUCCAGGAGAUCCUAAUACUAUACAAUGGUUAAAAGAUCAUAAGCAUCCAGUAUUUGGUUUCCCAACUUUGGUGCGUUUUAGCUGGGGAACUUGCACACCAUACUUCAAGAAUGGAGUUGAAGUCACAUGGGAGUCUGACGAAGUUGAUGAAGAUGCAGCUGGCUACGGAAGCGCCAAGCGACAGGUCACGUUGUCGAGCUUAGGCUUCACAGGGUUCAAAAGGAAGUCGGAGGAGAUCGAAUCGAGUGGAAAAGGCCGCUGCGAGGGAGGACGCAAAAGUGGAGUUGCAACGGGGCGCAAAGCUUCUGGAUCGAGUCGCCAGUGGUCUUUUCCAAUCAAGACGAGGAUGGGCGACCUGGGUGCCAAGACUGAAGGAUGGUUGAAAUCAAAGUUUAGAUAGUUCGCUCUUCUUGCUGCCUGAGAGUUUUGUUUUGAUUCCUUUGAUGUAAUAAGAUAGUUCGGGAUUUUCUGGUGGUUUCCCCUUCCCUCUACUUACUGUUAGUAGGCAGGGAGUGAUGGGAGGGGGUAGGUUACGUGCUGGUGCAGACUUUCUUAGCAGGCGUUAAGGGUGACCGGUGGUGUUGCGUUUUGGUUGUAUCGAACUUACUUGGUUUCUUUAAUGAAAUCGGGGGAA